AUGGAUGACUUUAAAGCUUUUCAAAAACUAUUUUCUACAGGGCUUUUGACCUUCACUUCAAGCCAAAAAUCUCACCAGUAUCACUUCAUAAAUAUCAGAAAUAACUGGACUGAGGCUCAGAGAUUCUGUCGUGAGAUGUACAUGAACAGCUUGUUAAAAACCAUAACUGAUGAUGCAUAUGGUGCAUAUAUUGGACUAUAUGGUGAAGUGUUCAGAUGGCACUGGACCCUGCCAGACAGUUUCUACAAUGAAAAGACAUUUGAAAACUGGAAAAAUAACCAACCAGAUAAAAAUAAUAAUGAGGGCUGUUCUGCAAUGGACAAAAAUGGGCAAUGGUUUAGUGAUAGCUGUGACAUACAAAGGCAAUUUGUAUGCGUUAAUGCAACAGCCAAUAAAAAGUAUAUCCUGAUUGACGAGAACAAAUCCUGGAGGGAGGCCCAAGAAUAUUGUACAACUUUUCACACAGAUCUAGCCAAUGUCAGAAACGUAUCAGAAAAUCAAGAUGUGAAGAACACCGCAAAAAACGAUAGGGAAAAUACAAGCACACAAUCGACACAAAUAUUCACUACAGUGCCAGAUCAAGAUAACCUGAUUCUGGUCCGUGAGAACCUGAUGUGGACCGAAGCUGUGAGUUACUGCAGAAAGCACCAUGUGGACCUGGUCUCCAUUCACAGUGAGGAGCUUCAGAACAGGGCAGCGAGAAAAGCCAUCCAGGCCUCCACUUCUCAUGUAUGGCUGGGUCUCCGUUACACCUGCACCUUCAACUUCUGGUUCUGGAUAAAGAACAGAGAAGCAGGCUGCUACCAGAACUGGGCGUCUGAAAGUGUGGCCAUGUGA